GCAACCAGCCAAAUAUGCACAGUUGGUCUAAAUGUCAACAAUUUAAAACUAAAAUAAAAUUAAAAAACAAAACAAACUAUUGACUAUGGUAUUGACUGUUGAGGCCAGAACGUAGAGGCCAAGCAACCAUUCAGGCAUAUAAAGGCCUGCCUGGGAAAGAAAAGAGCAUAACAUGACUGCAUAAGCUCCAAGUUCUUUAAAAAUGGAGGAAGUGAAGUUGCUAGGAACAUGGGCUAGUCCAUUUAGUUACAGAGUUUUAUGGGCACUCAAACACAAGGGAGUGAAGUAUGAAUAUGCGGAAGAGGAUGUUUUCAACAAGAGCGAGUUGCUUCUUAGGUCUAAUCCAGUUCACAAGAAAAUUCCAGUGCUGUUUCAUGGUGGAAAACCAAUUGCAGAAUCCAUUGUCAUUCUUGAAUAUAUAGAGGAGAUAUGGCCUGAAAACCCCUUGCUUCCACAAGAUCCUUAUGAAAGGACCCUGUCUCGCUUCUGGAUCAAGUUUGGAGAGGAUACGGCCCCUACAUUCUACAAAUUCUUUCAUACUGUUGGAGAAGAGCAAGUGAAGGCGACAACAGAAGCUAAACAACUGCUAAAAAUUAUAGAAGAGCAUGGGCUUGGAGAGAAGAAGUUUUUUGGGGGUGACAAGAUUGGAUUGACUGAUAUAGCCUAUGGAUGGAUAGCUUGUUGGCUUGAUGUCUUAGCAGAAGCAGCUGGUGUUCAACUUCUGGAACCUGACAGCUUCCCUCGAUUACAGGCAUGGGCUGAAAACUUUAAGGAAGUGCCACUGAUCAAAGAGAACCUCCCUAACCGUGACAAAAUGUUGACUUUUUUCACACUCCGCAGGGAGAAAAUUAUUGCAUCAGCAACCUCUUAGAUCACGUUUGCUAAUGCCGAACAUUCAAUACAAUCGUCUGAAAAAUAAAGCCAUGGGGAAGGGAAAUCAGCUGCUGUUACCCUAAUCAACAUUUCAAGGCUCUCAUUUUGGCUGUCUUAAAACUCUUAUCCAAGAUCAUUUCUUUCCUCUUCAGUGUGCACAUCCCUGGUCAAGCUUGGUUGAGAAUGAUGACACCGAGGUUUCUCUUGGUUGAGAUAGUCAGCAAUUGUUCCUUCUCGUGUUGCUCUGUAUUUCAUCGCCAAAAUCUUGCUCUUGCUCUGCUGUUAGAGUUAAAAUGGUGGAUUUUGAGGCUAAUAAAAGACAAUACCAAUGGAAAAUAUAUACUCACAGAGAAAAGGCAUAAGUAAACAUACAAACAGCUAAAUCCAUGGACUUUUCAACGAGGGACUGGCAAUAUAACUAAGCUUUUCAUUAUGACAUCACACUUAAUAGCACUUUCAAACUCUGAUCUGCUUGCAACAUAGGCAAGUAUAUCACUUCCUAGGCAGUGAAUAUUUCCUUCGGUCUAAAAUCCAGCAUAGUUUCAUAAGGCAUUGAUUAAGAACUAUUGUA